GCUGCGCGUCAGGGGACACCAGUCACCAUCCGCACGGUUCAAACGACAUCCCGCCGCUGGCAAUGACAUUGGCAGACUGAGGGGGAAUACACGACAAAACGCAAAAAUGACGGUGGACUUUGAAGAAUGUAUAAAGGAUUCACCCCGAUUCAGGGCUGGCAUUGACGAUGUGGAGACAGACGUGGUGGAAAUCGAGGCAAAGCUCGACAAGCUGGUGAAGCUGUGCAGUGGGAUGAUCGACGCAGGCAGGGCCUACGUCAGCGCCAACAAGCUCUUUGUAAACGGCAUCAAGGACCUGUCCCAGCAGUGCAAAAAAGAGGAGAUGAUAUCGGAAUGCCUUGAAAAGUGUGGAGAAAGCCUCCAGGAGAUCGUCAACUACCACAUGAUUUUGUUUGACCAGGCUCAGAGGUCGAUCAAGCAGCAGCUUCACACAUUCAUUAAAGAGGAUGUGCGCAAGUUCAAGGACACCAAGAAGCAAUUUGACCGGGUGCGUGAGGACAUGGAGCUGGCUCAGGUGAAGAAUGCCCAGGCGCCCAGGAACAAGGUCCAUGAGGCUGAGGAAGCCACACAGGCCCUCAUCCUCAGCCGCAAGGCCUUUAGGCACCUGGCCUUGGACUAUGUAUUACAGAUUAAUGUUCUUCAGGCCAAGAAGAAGUUUGAAAUCCUGGAUGCAAUGCUGUCCUUCAUGCGUGCCCAGCACACUCUUUUCCAACAAGGCUUCAACAUCUUGGAUGAGAUUGACCCAUAUAUGAAAAAACUGGCUGCGCAACUGGAUCAGCUGGUCAUUGACUCUGCCAUGGAGAAGAGGGAGCUGGAGCACAAACAUGCUCUCAUCCAGCAGAGAACUCUGAUGCAGGACUUUUCCUAUGAUGACCCCAAGUUGGAGUUCAAUGUGGAUGCGCCCAAUGGUGUCGUCAUGGAGGGCUACCUCUUUAAGAGGGCCAGCAAUGCUUUCAAGACCUGGAACAGGCGCUGGUUUUCUAUACAGAACAGCCAGCUGGUCUACCAAAAGAAACUCAAGGACUCUCUGACAGUUGUGGUGGAGGACCUGAGGCUGUGCUCAGUCAAACCAUGUGAAGAUAAUGAGAGGAGGUUUUGCUUUGAGGUGGUUUCACCCACUAAGAGCUGUAUGCUGCAGGCUGAGUCUGAGAAGCUGCGGCAGGCAUGGAUCCAGGCAGUCCAGGCAAGCAUCGCUUCUGCUUACAAAGACAUAGCGGACAACUAUUACAUUGAGCGUUUGGACCGGACAGCCUCACCCUCCACCAGCAGCAUUGACUCUGCCAGCGAACCCAGAGAGAGGGGGGAGAGGGCAGAUAAGGGAGUUCGGGGAGGAGGAGAAAGCUUGCUCCAGAGGAUACAGACCCUGCCAGGAAAUGAGCUGUGCUGUGACUGCAGCCAAACUGCUCCCUGCUGGGCCUCCAUCAACCUUGGAGUGCUGCUCUGCAUUGAGUGCUCAGGGAUCCACAGGAGUUUAGGCGUACACUGUUCUAAAGUGCGUUCACUAACGCUAGACUCAUGGGAGCCAGAAUUACUCAAGCUAAUGUGUGAAUUGGGAAACACUGUGAUCAACCAGAUUUAUGAGGGAGCCUGCGAAGAGCUUGGUGUGAAAAAACCUGGACCGUCCAGUUCAAGACAGGAGAAAGAAACCUGGAUCAAGUCUAAAUACGUGGAGAAACGCUUCCUAAAGAAGAUGAGUGGGAGCGAGGCGUUGGUGGAGGGUGAAAGAAAGUCCCGACCCUGGACAGUGAAAAAGUGCCACCGACACAACAGCUCCAUUCGGGCCCCCAAUAAGGCCCGCAGGAAAUACCACCGCUAUGAGCCCGGCAGCGCCUCACCUGCAAAUCUCUCUGCAGCAGCUGCAGCAAAGUUUCGCCGAGACUCCCUGUUCUGUCCAGAUGAGCUGGACUCACUUUUUUCCUACUUUGACACUGGCUCUGGUCCUCGCAGUCUCAGCAGUGAUAGUGGCCUGGGAGGAAGUACUGAUGGCAGCACUGACAUCCUGGUCUUUGGCUCAGUGGUGGACAGUGUCACAGAAGAAGAGGAGGAGUCAGAGGAGUCCUCCAGUGGUGAGGUGGAAAUCGAACAGGAAGUGUCUUCAGACCCCGAGGACCCAAGGGAGCUCCACCCUGGUGCACUCCUCCAACGAUCCUCCCGCCUACACAACCUGCCACUCAUGGCGGAGGCAUUGGCGCAUGGGGCUGAUAUACACGCUGCAAGUGAGGAGGAGGAGGGAAAAACGCCACUCAUUCAAGCUGUGAUUGGGGGCUCUCUGAUAGCUUGUGAGUUCCUGCUUCAGAAUGGAGCCGAUGUGAACCAGAGAGACAUGAGAGGGAGGGGCCCUCUGCAUCACGCCACCUACCUGGGUCACACUGGCCAGGUGUGUCUGUUCUUGAAGAGAGGAGCAUCACAGACAGAGGUGGACGAGCAGGGUCAUGACCCACUAAGCAUCGCUGUCCAAGCUGCCAACGCAGACAUCGUCACCCUAUUGCGUCUUGCGCGGAUGAACGAGGAGAUGCGAGAGGCGGAGGCCCCUUUGGGACAACCAGGUCAAUACCACAGCAGCAGCCCCACUGAGCAGCAGUAUAGAAAGUGCAUCCAGGAAUUCAUUUGCCUCACCAUAGAAGAAUGCUAGUGGUCACUUAUGUAUCCAGGAGCAUAACUUGUGCUCUCUCUCUCUCUCUACAUAUAUAUAUAUAUAUAUAUGAAUAUACACUGAUCAUCCACAACAUUAAAACCCCAUUCCCUAAUAUUAUGUAAGUCCCCCUUGUGCUGCCAAAACGGCUCUGACCCGUUGAGGCAUGGACUACACAAGGCCUCUGAAGGUGUCCUGUCGUAUCUGGCACCAAGACGUUAGCAGAAUUCACCUGAUGGUUUCAAUGCUGUGGCUGAUCUGUGGUUUAUUUCUCCUGACUUGGAACCUAAAAUAAUCAUAUAGGGGAAGUUGCCCCUAGACACUGAUCUCAAGUCUUUUACUUACAUAGACUUGUGGGUAACUUCUUGGGAACAGGGUGUCUGAAGAGAGAGAGAGAGUCACUCGCUUACUGUGGGGGUGCCUCGUGCCAUAUAGGGAGACCCCUGAUGGACCUAACUCCACUGACAAUACAGUCAUCACCUCCAUUUUUACUGCAUCGCCACUACAUUUCUUGCUUGGCAUUUUACUCGGCACCACCCAUGCAAUGCUCGCUACAUCACACACAAAGUAAAAUGACAUCUGCUUUUUGGUAUUUUGUUAACAGAGUUAUCCUCUAACUUAUCAUACUGUGGUGUGACCUCUCAUGGGAGGGUGUGGGUUUACUGUUGCCUAACAGCUCGUACCUCUGAAGAAUCGCUGCAUUAACCCUCUACACUUUAUAUCUAUCCAGACCAUCUAUGUACCCAUCUCUUCUUAAUUGGAGAUGUAAAUAUGCAUAUUUCGAAGUUAUAUGGGUAAUCUUUAAACUAUGUGCUGUGGCAUGAGGUGAAAAAAUGGUAUUUGUUCCAUUAUUAUAAAAAGUAGAGUAGCUGACAAGCUACAGUGUAGGUGGGCAAAGUAGUUAACUGUGUAUAGAGCGAAGUCAGGAAGGAAAAUAAAAUAUAAAACUGUGACAAAAAUGCUGAAGGGCUUUCAGGGGAAAUGACCCUUGCCUGCUUUGUAAGAUACUGUGUGACAUGAACGAGUGAGUGAGUGAGUGAACAGGAGAGUAAAUGAGCGCAUGUGUAAAGAAUACUGAGAGACAGAGUUAAAUAAUAUGCUAUUAUGAUACAUUAUGUAAAGGAAAAAAAGAAACUGUGCACUUUUCCCAUCUACAGUAUUAUAAUUUUGUUUAUUUUCAUUCAGUUAGUGUGGCUCGUUGUUUGUUUUUUUUUACAUUGUUUUUGUCCACUCAAGUUACUGUCUAUCUAGUCUAUUUUAUUUCUGUCUUUUUAUUUAUGUUUAUCUCCCCAGAGGACCAGUGCAAUGGAUUCUUGAGUGCAGUUCACAUCUGCAUUUCUGUUAAUGAUUGUCAUUUUAAUAUCAAAGCAUGAAUCAGAAUUUAUGGCAGGAAGUCUUUAUAUUACAUCAUGGAAUAACACUCAUAAAUGGCAUUUUGCCUUCAUUUUCUCUUUGGACCGGCCUUACAAUAUAUACGUUAAUCAGCAUUCAAACACAAUGAUGGCUUAUUAAAGGAAGUUCAAGUUAUAUUCUGUUUUUAUUUUGCUAAUUGCAGUCGCUCAUUGUUUACUAGUGAGGAUGAGAAUUGGCUCAAUGGUGAAGGUGAUGUGCAGACAAACCAGGGCAUGAAGAACUAAGUCUUUGGGCAGUGCAGUUAGGGAGUGUAUAGAACUGGAUUUGCAUUUCACCCAUAAACAAUUUUUCUGGUCACCACUCUUUAAAGAACAAAGGUGACUUCAUGGUUAAAAGACCACAAGUCCAUUUUUACUGUAAAUAGUCAUCCAUGUUACAGUAGCUGUGGUGAGAUUAUGGAGCACAUGUAAGUGUGGUUUAAACACAUGUGGGGUGAAAGGACUCAUGUCUUCCCUUGCUGGUCAAUGCUUACAGUAACCUCUGCAUGCUUUGCCAGGAUUGUUUUUGGGAAUGUCAAAAUGAUUUGCAUUCUUAGCAUGAUAAGAUAUGUUUCUAUGGUUUGAUCACUUUGUGCAGUGCAGUCCUGUGAAAUAAGCAUGUAACACCUUGACCCCUCUGGUGUCAGAUGUUCUUAACUUUUUGCACCUCUCUGCCAUUCACAAACCAAAUCUUUCGUUUAUCAUCGUCAUUUCUUGUCUUUGGUUUUUGUUUAUUUGUUGUUGUUUUUUUACAAAUGCUUACAAACAGUAAUUUUAAUUAUUAUUUUUGUAAUGUUGUGGUUUUAUUUUCCUCUGCCAAAGACUUUUUAAAGGGAAAGUGUCUGACAUUGUUGUAUGAUAUCACUUCACAUCAUAUAUCGUUUAAAAAAAAAACUUAAACUGUUCAGAGUAGAUACAGCAUAGUCUUACCAUGCUUUGUGAAGUGACAGAGUGGUAGAAACACUGUUGGUGUACUCACAUGUUCAAAAGAGGUUACAGAAAUGUGACUGACCUGAGUUCAAUGUACUGCAAGUAGAACCAGUCUAGGGGGUUAUGUGAAGCUACUGUGACCAAACUGUUAGGGGCCUUCGUCCUAGCGGAAGUAUUAAAUGUGUUGUCUAUUGUGUUUAUUGACAUUGGAGUGGUUAAAGGUGCUGUCUCAAAGCAAACAUGCUGUAAAUAGAACACUUGUGUAUUUUAACUCAACGCCAACUGCCUGCCUCUCAUUCAAUCACAGAUCCUGACUGUCUGAUCUGUUUUAUGUUUGUCUUUUUAUUCUCUUCCAAAACAACCUGUCAGGCAGAACUGUAACACCGUUCUGCACUACUUGGAGGUGUUCUUCUGUUCACUGACAUUUGGAUAUCUUUGGAAUACUUUCUUCCUUGUCUUUAGAAGCACUGAGGGGGAAAAAAAGGAAAACAAAGUGCAUACAAUAAAACUGAGAAACUCUUGAUGAACUAACCCUGCUUCCUGCUUUUUGCUCUCAUUUCUGUUUCCUGUCUCCUCACUUGUGUAACAUUCUCUCAACAUCACAGCAAAACUUUGAUAAUUGCUCUAAAUUAUGAAUUAUGAAUCAAUGCACUA